UCUCCGCAGGCUCCCGGGGGAGUGGUGAACACCCUGUGCGGGUACCGCGCCCUGGACAAGGAGCGCCUGGAGCUGCUGGGCACCAUCCACGUCCGGGGCUGCAUCCACGCCGUGGGGCUCUGGCUCAAGGACAACUUCCAGGCCACCUUGGCCAUCGUCUGCUCCCUGCUGCUGCCUCAGGUGCUGGGCCUGGCCAUGGCCUGGCUCCACUGGCAGCAGCUGAACGAGAUCCGCUCCCGCCUGGAUUCCGUGGAUUUCCCGCCGCCGGAAUCGCGGGAUCUCCGCUCGGCCCCCCUGGAUCUCCGCGGCGCCGGCUGCUGCUGGUGCCUGCCCAGGGAGGGCGGAUACAUCCCGGUAAAUCCUGGGAAUGCCCAGGACGAGGAGGAGGAGGAGGAGGAGGAAGGAGCCGGAUGGGCCAGGAAAGUGUGAGGAGGACACGGACUCAGAGCUCGGAGCGGAACGUGGGAAAAAUGGGAUUUUUCCUCUUGGUUCCCAAAGUUUCUUUGGGAAAAAAUGGGAUUUUUUUUCCUCUUGGUUCCCAACGUUUCUCUGGAAAAAAAUGGGAUUUUUCCCUCUUGGUUCCCAAAGUUUCAUUGGGAAAAAACGGGAUUUUUCUCUCUUGGCUUCCAACGUUUCUUUGGGAAAAAAUGUGAAAAAAAUGGGAUUUUUCUCUCUUGGCUCCCAAAGUUUCUUUGGGAAAAACUGUGAAAAAAUGGGGUUUUUCCCUCUUGGC